AUUCUGAGCGUGCAUUUUACUGUUAAAUCUAAUCUGUGCUCCAAAUAGUUUAUUUAUUUAUUUAUUUUUUUUUCAGACAUGAGCCACUACUCACAAUCUAGUGACUCAACUCGUCCACUUAAUCUCAGCGCUUUGCUUGCGGAAGAGCAGCAGCGACAGCACAUGAAGCAGACGAUAGAAUUUACAGUUGAAUCCUUGGCUGUGACAGGCGCAGCAGCCCCAGCAUUUUUGUUUCAAAAAGAUGAAAAAGGGCGCAGCCAUCUACUCGGUAUUGUCGACUCGGAAUCAGAUCCUGGGGCUGGAAUACAUAUGAUCUUCCGCGUUGAGUUCAAUAUGGAGAUAUCAAAUGGUUAUCCGUCGAACACUUUACGACUCUAUAAACUGCACCUGACUUUAACAGCCAAGCGAUAUCGAAACAUACCAGAUUCCCUGACAGGUAGCAUGGGCGUUGUUGUUUUCAAGGACACAGCUGUAAGGGAGACAAACUUGGCUCGCCGCAACUACAAAUUACCUCUUGCAGUGAUGCAGGCGCUCAAUGGCACAUUCCUUGAGAUUUCAGCAUUGUCGCUAACCAAAGAUAUGGGUUGGAAAGGUAAAGAGGAAUUCUCGGAGUACACUCGAUCAUGGGCUAUCCUUCGCGAUUCUUAUAUGGCAUUUUUGCCUGAUAUUAGCUCAGAUGAUCAUAAAGAACAGGUCCUUGGCCUUAAUUUGCAUCAUAUUGAGAUUGGAAACAUGCAUCGCAAGGUUGAGAUGAAAGGCGGGUAUAACCGAGAGAUGAUUGAGUGGGUGGAUCACAUCAAAAAGAUGGAGCAAGCAAGCCCUUGGGUCAAGAAUCACCGCUUUGAUAGCUUCGCACCUGAACGUGAGGAUGCAAAGAUUCGCUAUUAUGUUGAUGGCAAGGACUACUUUCAUGCAGUUUCAGAUGCCAUCCUGGCGGCCAAAAACGAAAUUUAUAUUGCGGACUGGUGGCUGUCUCCCGAAUUGUACCUUCGGCGUCCACCUGAGAAAAACGAAGAAUUUAGGAAGGUGAAGAUAUACGUAGUUGUUUACAAGGAGAUCUCGCUUGCUUUGACACUGGAUUCUGCCCAUACUAAGACCUGGCUUCAAGACCUUCAUCGUAACAUUCAGGUUCAACGCCAUCCUGAUCAUAUUGGUGUCAAUGCUACUCAGUUUUGGGCCCAUCACGAGAAAAUCUGCGUGAUUGAUUGUCGUUUGGCUUUCAUUGGUGGUCUCGAUCUUCUAUCAGACUAUCACCCUUCCGGAAGUGGAACUAUUUGGCCAGGUCAAGAUUAUUCCAAUCCGCGUAUUAAGGAUUUUGUCAAUGUAAAAGAGUACCAUAGUGAUCUGAUUGAGCGUAAAUUGCUUAGUCGUAUGCCAUGGCAUGAUGUCUCGAUUGGUCGUUGGAAUUUUGUGAAGCGUGAAAAGGGUAUGAAAAAAACACACAUGAAGUUCUUGACCCCCAAGGGAGAAUUCGUCAGCACACGCAACGAAUCCGGUUGGACAGGCACGCAAAAGGUUCAGAUUCUUCGAAGCAGCACCACUUGGUCGCAAGGUGUGGAUUUGGAGCGUUCAAUCCAAAAUGCUUACUUAUCCUGCAUUGAAAACGCAGAACACUUUAUUUACAUUGAAAAUCAAUUCUUCGUCACCCUUGCUGUGGAGGAUGGCAACCCUGAGCUCAAGAACACUAUUGGAAUAGCCAUAGUGAAUCGCAUUAUUAGAGCACACAGUAAGGGCGAAAAGUUCCGAGUGAUUGUCAUGAUGCCACUUAUGCCUGCAUUCGAAGCUGACAUCAUGGCAAGCGAGGCAGGCACUUUACGCAAAGUCAUGCAUUUCCAAUAUAUGUCCAUUUGUCGUGGAGGGAACUCUGUGCUGGAACGAUUGGAGGCUAAUGGCAUCAACCCAGACCAGUAUAUCGGCUUUUAUGGGCUUCGUAGUUUCGACCGCAUCAAACAUGGAAAGUUUGACGCAAUUCUAGAAGCAGUUAAAGAGGCUGAGCUUGAAGGAGUACUAUUGUCUUCUGGUCAAACUGGGGAGACUGCUGAUUCGGUUGAUACUCAGGAGAAGGGCAGAGUACAGGCCGGUUCUAACGAAGACAAACAGGUCAAGGCUGCAGAGGGCGGUGAAGUAAAAGAACGCAAGUCACUUGCUUCGAAGUUUCUUCUCGACCCUAUUCCGCGUGAUAAGCGGGCAGAGCAACAUGGAUUCAUCCCUGCAGCCACCGAGAGGACUUUGAAGGACAAAAGGGAGCUGAAAAGGCCCGUCUGGAGCAAUAAGAACCAUACGCCUUCAUAUACAGAUGGUUCUAAUAUUGAUGACGCUAAAGAGGAGUCUGAGAUGAUUAUCGAGCCUGCACCAAAAGAGAGCAAUGCAUCUCAAUCACCUGAGAACGCUCCUCUCCCUAUCAGCAACAGUAGUAGUAGUGGCAGCAGCUCGAAAACCAAGGACGAUGAUGACUCAUUAAUCGAAGAUAACGAGCAAUUAUAUGUCCACAGCAAACUGAUGAUUAUCGAUGAUCGAAUAAUUAUUAUUGGAUCUGCAAAUAUUAAUGACCGCUCUCAAGUUGGAUAUCGUGAUUCAGAGAUUGCUAUUAUAAUUGAGGAUACGGAGAUGGUUCCUUCCAAGAUGAAUGGAGAAGAGUACCAAGCUGGAAAGAUUGCACACGCUCUCCGAACAGAUCUGUUCAAAGAGCAUCUGGGAUUACUACCUCACGUUGAGCAUGAUGUUGUAACUCAAGCAAGUGUGUUGCCUCAAGGACCUGCGCUUGUAUGUAAGGAGCUUAUUGCUGAUUCGCUUACAGAGCAGCAGGAGGAAAAAGUCCAUGUACCAUUUGGUCACGGAGGAUUCGAAGGCAUUCAGCAAUGGCAUGCAAAGUUAUCGGAUAGUAAGGUCAAGCAAGAUCCCAAGACGGCGGAUCAAAUUGUCAUGGACCCACUGCACGACGAUUUCUAUGUGAAUUGGUGGAAGCGGGUUGCGAACCAAAACACAUUGAUUUUCCGAGAGAUCUUUCACUGUGUUCCAGAUCAAACUGUGGAAACGUGGGAUGAGUACAAAGCAUUUAUUCCGGACAAUAAGAAAGUAUUGACAGGACAUGUGGUCAUGGAGGGAGCAACGGUAGAGAAUGUGACUGAGAAACUUCAGGGCAUCACUGGACAUUUAGUGGAGUUUCCAACAAGGUUCUUGUGUAAAGAAAAUUUGCUGGGUAAUAUUGUUGAAGGCGCGGUGACGCCGCUGGAAAUCUUUACUUAGACAACUUGAUAUGCUACCUAUUUAUACCAUGUAAAUUCCGAACGAUCAUGUUAGUCAAAUGAGAAAGGGAUUUUGUAAUCUAGAC